GGCCGGGACGAGGGGCGGGCGAGGCGAGCGCUGUCAGCGCGGUUAUAAGGGAGGGAAAAGUUCCCUGCGCGGAGAGCCGGGCAGGCGCACGCUCGUACGGCGGCCGCAGCGGCAGGGCGGGGCCGGCAGGGCGGGCGGUGGCGGAGGAAGACCCCUGAUUGCGACCUCGCCUCCCUCGGUGUGGCUCUCUUAGACCUCGGUCACAUAUCGGGGGUCCGGAGGACUUGUGCACAGCGGCCAUGGGCGGCGUCGGGGAGCCCGGAGGGGGACCCGGGCCGCGGGAGGGGCCCGCACCGCUGGGGGCGCCCCUGCCCAUCUUCCGCUGGGAGCAGAUCCGCCAGCAUGACCUACCAGGCGACAAGUGGCUGGUCAUCGAACGCCGUGUCUACGACAUCAGCCGCUGGGCACAGCGGCACCCAGGAGGUAGCCGCCUCAUCGGCCACCACGGCGCGGAGGACGCCACGGAUGCCUUCCACGCCUUCCAUCAGGAUCUCCAUUUUGUGCGCAAGUUCCUGAAACCCCUGUUGAUUGGAGAGCUAGCCCCAGAGGAACCCAGCCAGGAUGGAGCUCAGAAUGCCCAGCUGAUCGAGGACUUCCGAGCCUUGCGCCAGGCGGCCGAGGACAUGAGGCUGUUUGAAGCGGAUACCACUUUCUUUGCACUCCUUCUGGGCCACAUCCUGGCUAUGGAGUUGUUGGCCUGGCUUAUCAUCUACCUCUUGGGCCCUGGCUGGGUGUCCAGUAUCCUUGCUGCCCUCAUCCUGGCCAUCUCUCAGGCCCAGUGCUGGUGUCUGCAACAUGAUCUAGGUCAUGCUUCCAUCUUCGCUAAGUCCAGGUGGAACCAUGUGGCCCAGCAGUUUGUGAUGGGGCAGUUGAAAGGCUUUUCUGCCCACUGGUGGAAUUUCCGCCACUUCCAGCACCAUGCCAAACCCAAUAUCUUUCACAAGGACCCAGAUGUGACUGUAGCACCUGUCUUCCUCCUGGGGGAGUCAUCUGUGGAGUAUGGCAAGAAGAAACGCAGAUACCUGCCCUACAACCACCAGCAUCUAUACUUCUUCCUGAUUGGCCCACCGCUGCUCACCUUGGUGAACUUUGAAGUUGAAAAUCUGGCAUACAUGCUGGUGUGCAUGCAAUGGACGGACUUGCUGUGGGCUGCCAGUUUCUACUCCCGCUUCUUCUUGUCCUACUCUCCCUUCUAUGGUGCCACUGGGACACUGCUCCUCUUUGUUGCUGUCAGGGUGCUGGAGAGCCACUGGUUUGUGUGGAUCACACAGAUGAACCACAUCCCCAAGGAGAUUGGCCAUGAAAAGCAUCGGGACUGGGCCAGCUCUCAGCUGGCAGCCACCUGCAAUGUGGAACCUUCGCUCUUCAUUGACUGGUUCAGUGGGCACCUCAACUUCCAGAUUGAGCACCACCUCUUUCCCACGAUGCCAAGGCACAACUACCGGAGGGUGGCUCCCCUGGUCAAGGCAUUCUGUGCCAAGCAUGGCCUACACUACGAGGUGAAGCCUUUCCUCACCGCCCUGGUGGAUAUCAUCGGGUCCCUGAAGAAGUCUGGCGACAUCUGGCUGGAUGCAUACCUCCAUCAAUGAAGGCAACACCCUCAUGGGUGGUGAAGGGGCUCCUGGCAAUGGGUCACCUCCACUCACCUGAGUCCGUCUUCCUGUAGAGAUCACAGACCACACUUAUCAAGAGGACAGGAAAAGGCCUUGGUAGUACCUUUGAAAGACCCCACUGUCUCCCUUUCUAUUUUCUGUACAACAGUCCUGAGUCCAGAAAGAAAGCUUCCAGAGGGAAGUCACGGCUUGUUUGUUCUUUCAGUCAACCAAUAGCUAAGAGACUCCAGUGGCCAGCUCACAUGAACCAGCCUCUGCCUUUGUGGGUGUGGCCGGUAGUGGGGUGAUAAAGGCCUUGCAAAAGAACGAUGUGUAAACAUACUGUGUCCUUAAAAACGUCAAUACUUUCCAA